GUUGUAUUUGCUUGCUUUCUUUUCCCCCGUCGUCUCAUUUGGGUUGUUUUCUCUACAAUAUCACUCGCUGUCCUUUGACCUUUUGCUUUCGACUCAAAGGAACACAGUAUCGUCAUGCCGACUAAUAUGCAAAUGCAGUCCAUCUCGGGUAUUAUUACCCGAGUACGAGCGACUUCCGGUCAGAUUCCCACUCCAUUGGUAGGAGCAUCCAUGACCGUCGUCGACGAUCGCAUAUUCGUUUUUGGAGGUCGACUCGUCUCAUCACGGAAAAUGAGCAACCACCUGUAUGUUCUGGAUCUCACCACCAAUGUCUGGACCAAACAUGUUCCCUCACCCGACAGCGACAAACCUCCUAAACCUCGUUACUUCCAUUCAGCGAGUGUCUACAAGAAUCUCUUAAUUAUAUUCGGAGGCAUGGGUCACUCUCGGAUAUCCGCCGAAGGACUGUGUGUACUCGACGACAUUUGCAUCUUUGAUAUAGAAACCAUGAGCUGGCGACGAUCCAAUGUGACCCCGUCGCUGUAUACGACUCGACCACGAUACGCUCACUUGGCCGCCGUGACGGACGACAAACUCGUGAUCAUGGGUGGCCAGGAUAUGGACAACAACUAUCUUGAAGAGAUCAACGUAUUCGAUAUCAAGGCCUUAGAAUGGGUUCAGACCCAAACCUUGGACAGACACAUUGGUGCUUACCGGUCCAUUGCUGUCACUACCCCGCCGGGGACCCGGUUACCCAUCAUGCUGAAAGACACCCUGACGGGGCGAGAAACCGAUUCCGAUGCGGAUGCCGAUACCAAUGCACCAUUGACGGACAAACCGCCGGGGUUGAAUAACAGAGCUUCGACAGUACGACAAUAUGGCGAACCUUUGCAAAAUGCCAACGAUCCUCAUCCCAUCUUUUUCUACACCAAUUACAACUUUGCCGACGUGAAACGGGAACUGCAUCUAAUCCUUUCACCUGGCAGUUCGCCUUUGCAUAUAGAAGAUUGCUCAGCAUCCAUGACGGGAUCUGUCAUGCCGCCAGGACUUCGAUUUCCAACAGGACAUACCCUCGGUCAUCAUCUUAUAUUGUCUGGCACCUAUUUAUCGCCUCAGGCCAAGUCAUAUACGCUGUGGGCUUUGAAUUUCAGCACGUUAUCAUGGUCACGGAUCGAAACUGGCAAUAUUUUCAACACCGGAUCUUGGAAUCGUGGAACGCUACACGAAAAGACGAAUCAGUUUAUUGUGUUUGGGCAUCCUGGGCGCGAUCUGUUGGAGGACUACAACCAUCGUCAAGUGAACUUUGAUUACAUUGCCGCGGUCGAUCUCGAAGCGUUUGGCAUUUACCGGUUACCAAAGAUGACGUGCUCCUCGCUCGCUCAAGAAAUGGGCCUGAGUCUGUUGAAUGAACCGGCCGUGUCCGACUUUCGCAUCAUUACGCGCGAAAAUCAAACCAUUCCCGUGAAUUCAGCCGUUCUGGCACAGCGAUGGCCUUAUUUCGAAGAUUUGAUGAAGUCCAAUAGGAAGAGUAUUCACGUGCCAGUCAGUACGGUCGUAUCGAACCCGUCUUCGGAACGUCGCGUGAGUGUUACCAGCAAUAGUGAAGAGGCACCCUCUUUGGCCGGUGACAAACCGGUGGUGGAAGACGAAUCAAUCAACAAGGAAGGGCAGCAGCAAGCCACCAUUACAACCAUGAAAUGCCACAGUAUGGUGUUUCCUUAUCCGUAUCCGGUGGUGAUUGCUCUGUUGCAAUUCAUCUACACAGAUAAUUUGCUGACCGCACAGCAGUAUCAACCGCAUGUGCUUUCACAACUACUACUUUUGGCGGACAUGUACAAGUUACCGAGACUCCGCGAAUUAGCCGCCCAUGCUUUGCAUCAAAUGCUCAACAUGUCGACCGCCCCACUGAUCUUUGAAACCGCCGCAUUAUCCCAUCACAUCAGCUUGCAAAUCCGCGCUCUGAAAAUGAUGAUUGCCGCUAAAAAAAUGAUCCAGCAGCAACAGCAGCAGCAACAGGAGCAACAACAAAAACAGCAGCAGCAGAAGCUAACAGCCUCAGAAUCACAACAAGGGUCCUCCUACGCUACUCAGUCGCAGCAGACACCAUCUACAGCCAGCGAAGCACAGAAUGGGAAUCAAGGUUUGAUGUCGUGGCACCAACGAACCGGUCGACCCACCGAGAGAUCGGUUCGGGAAGUGGCAGGCCAAUCGUCGGCAUCUUUAUCAACGAGUCCGUUGCAGACCACAUCAUUGCAGCAAACAAAGACCCCCCCUCAGGUUUUGGAUUCGUCUUUGGCUUAUAAGCAGAGCACGGCAGGUAGUUCACCGACCUUGCAAAGUCAUCGCGAUCGUGCGCCUUCCAUAUCCAAUCGAUCCAUUUUGACUGCAUCACGGCCCUCUACACCGACAGGCUACAAUUCUGUGUAUAACCCUGAGGAUAUGCGAUCCGAGUCCAUCAGCGUUGCUCCUUCAACCCCAUUGGGUGCUCCGUCUUCUAUCGCUGAAUCCACCAUCACGACGAGCGGAAGAGAUACGCCCUCUUUAUUCUCAAACGAUCAGGAAAAGGUCGUCAAGGAUGUCUCUUCAGAAGCAGAACGAAAAUCUACCUCAAAAAAGGGAACCAUUGUCAAAGAGAAAGAUCAAACUUACGAGAUAGAAUGGACUUCCCGUAAUGGAAACGACAGUGAAUGUUAUGAAGGAUAUGCGAGCGCCAAUCAGGAAUUUGAGUGCUUGUUAAUUUUCGAUGAAGAAUCACAGACCUUUACGUUGGAGAAACAAGCUGCAAAGCUGACAAUGAAGCGAUCACGGAAACGAAAACUCGAACCAUCACAACAGAGUGUGCGUGCAAUAUCGACCGAUCCAACGACACAGGGACGAAGUCCUGCCAGUGCACCGCCAUCAAUGCCUACUCCAACACCGGCGCCAACAACCUCAAGGACGACGCAACCAGUCGAUCUCAUAUUGCCCACCAAAAGUACGCCUACAAAGACAGCACCACAACAACCACAACCACAACAAUAUACAACGGCGGCAUCCGAUGAUGACGAUUUUGAUAUAUCCAAAGAUAUGGAUGAAAUACUUGGCGGAGAUGACGAUGAUGAUGAAGACGACGAAGAACCAAAGACACGCGAGAGCAUAACCAAGCAAACCACCCGCUUACCUCCCCAAGAUACCACGGACAAAGAUAGUCAUGAUAAUGAUACAUUUGAAGAAAUCGUCACGCCGUCUGUCUACCGUCCACCUGCGACAUCGGACCGACCGCCAAGUUUGGAGUUGCCCACUUCCUCUCACACACCCGUUGUCACCCCCAAUGCCAACAAGCGACGGAAAUAUAAAAUGGCUUCCGCCCCCAUUCGACAUCCUGAUUCCGUCUCUCCCCACGUCGCUGCCCCUUCUCCAUCCUUGGCUCUCCCUCCUACCUUGGCUCAUACACCUCAAAAAUCAGGCAAAACACCUCGUCGUGUGGUGUCUCCCGUGGCUUCCGUUCAUGGUUCAUCUGAUGAAUCAGGGUCCGAUAGUUCCGGUUCAGGAUCCUCCAGUAGUGGUUCGGAAAACGACAGUGACAGCUCCAGUGGCAGCAGUAGUGAUGAUGAUGACGAUGACGAUGAUGAUGAUAUCGAUAUGCUCGCCGAUGAUAUUUCACGUUCUCUAUCCAAAGAAGGCCCUUCGGAGCCUUCUUCACCUCAAUCCACGUUUUCCCAAUCGGUACCUCAGGCGCGUCAUCCCGCCAUUGCGAACCUUAACCGUGCCAACGUGGCCAGCCCCGGUGCACGUUCCGCUACGCCCACAUCCAAUCGAUCCGGAGGAACGGGGCCAAUGUCACUCAAAGCCAUGUUCAAUGAAGAAGAUGAAGAUGAAGGUCUCUCCAGUUCCAGCAGCGAUAAUGACUAGCUAAAAAAAGGCGAAAAUAGGGGUUAUCUCGUUUUCUACACCAAAAGUCCUUAUUCCCUGUUAUCUUUUUCUUCUUUUACACCAUCCUUCUUUCUUACAUGCAUUCAUCGACAAAGCAACCAAAGAUAUAUUUUUCAUGUACAGUUUCUCAUUUUCCCUCCGAUACACAUCUGCAGCUUUUUUUUUUU